AUGCAAUAACGAGAACAGCUGGUUGUUGUCAUCGCUGAGUGCGCGUCUCUCGUAUGGAUUUCGGCCGGUGCAUCGAUAUAUGUUUAUCGUUCAAAGCUUUGGCCCGUCUGGUGUGAUAAAAAAUCGUUAGAAUCCUUUAUUACAUCCGCAAAGUGCAUUAUUACGCGGCUAUAUGUGGUCUAUAUUCUUGGUGACGAGACGUGGUAUAGAAUAAAAGGCCACGAUAGGAGUAAGACGCAGGUGACUUUGGACACGCACCUUCUUUUACGAUUGUUAUGAAUUUUGAAUACUAAUUAUCAAGGCAAUAAUGGACGACGUAAAAAAGGAAUUGGAUGACUUAUCAGAGGUAUCUCAAAAACUUGCUAAAGGAAUCGUAGAUGUCUACGAAGGGCCUUUAUCUCAAGUUCAGCAAGAAUUGAAUGCUCUAACAUCAAAACAAGAAACAUGUAUUACUCAAAUGCAAGCAGAAAAUAAGAAAAUGUGUGAUGUUCAAGAUGAUAUUGAACUCAAUCAUUUGUUUACAACAGUUGCAAAUUCUCAAAGAAAAUUAUUGGAUAUAAAGACUGAGAUAAUGUCAAUUUGUGAUAGAACAGCCAGAUUAAAAAAGAGAGCAUUGCACUUACAAAAACUAAAGCAAAAAGAAAUUCAAGCUAAAGCUGCUGCUAGCGUCAACAGAGAUGAUUGAAUGCUGCCAAUAUUUUAUACUUUUUUAAUACUAAUUAUAAUUAAGAAUACUACCCUGUGUAAAAAAAUAUAAUCAGAUCUGUUAGU